AUGAAAGACUAUGCCUGGAAGAUUGCGUUAGUGCUAGGCGCCUUCUCCGUCGGUACAGCCAUCACGUACCUCGGCUGGCCUCCUCAGUACGGCCCCGACUUGGCCGGUGGCGUCAUCAUGGUCUACGAAGUCGACUCUGAGAAGUUGAAAGAAGACCAAGAUGUCGACAUGGACGAGUUGGCCGGAUCGAUUCGCAUGCGUCUCGACCCCAGUGGCAUCAAAGAGAUCACCGUCCGACCCUACGGCUUGAACCAAGUCGAAAUCAUCGUUCCGCAAGUUUCUGACGGCGGUGAUGAGGCGACCCGAGAAGAAGAGGCCCGCAUUCGGAAGAUCAUCACCGACAUUGGAUCACUUGAGUUCCGCAUCGUGGCCAAUCGCCGCGACUCACGGCAUCAAACGGCCAUCGAACUUGCCGAACUGCUUCCUCGUGCGGUCGACGAAGUAACUAACUCCGACGGUAAAGUAAUCGCCCGCUUCGUACCGGUCAAUGAAGAAGAAGUCGAACGCUUCAAGGGUUCGCGAGACUAUGUCACCCGCGCUGCCCGAGAUGGCGAAACAACCGAAGUGCUGGUGAUGGUCGAUCCGUACAAUGUGACGGGUGAGUAUCUCACCACGGCCCGCCUUGGCUAUGACGAACGUAUGCGGCCUGCCGUGAACUUCACGUUCAAUAGUGCGGGGGCCUUCUACUUCAACCGCCUCACAACAGAAAAUCUGCCCGACCAGGUCGGUGGCUUGCAACGCGACCUGGGUAUUGUGCUCGACGGCGAACUGUUCUCUGCACCGUCGAUUCAAGGGGCGAUCAGCGAUCAGGGACAAAUCACGGGUAACUUCACCGAAGAGGAAGUUCAGCACCUCUCCAGCAUUUUGAAUGCCGGUAAACUGCCCGCAGCACUGCGUAAAGACCCGCUCAGCAGCAAUCGAACCGGACCCACGCUCGGUCGCGAUACGAUCGAAAAGGGUCGAAUCGCCAUGGGUAUCUCGCUUGCGGCCGUGAUGAUCGUGAUGGUUAUCUACUACCGCUUCUCGGGGCUGGUCUCCUGCGUGGUAUUGAUCGCCAACUUGGUGUUGAUUCUGGCCUUGAUGAUCACCUUCAAAGCGGCCCUGACCCUGGCAGGUAUCGCCGGUUUGGUGCUGGGGGUGGGCAUGUCGGUCGAUGCGAACGUGCUUAUCUUCGAGCGUAUUCGAGAAGAGCUCGAACGUGGUGCGGCCUUGAGAAUGGCCAUUCGCAACGGUUUCGAUCGCGCCACUCGCACGAUUGUCGACGCAAACCUCACGACGUUGAUUACGGCCAUCGUGCUUUAUGUGAUUGGUACCGACUCGGUGAAAGGCUUUGCCAUCACCUUGAUCCUCGGCCUGCUCAUGAACUUGUUCACGGCUGUGUUCUGUGCCCGCGUGUUCUUCGAUAUCGCCGAACGUAAGCGUUGGAUCACCAAGUUGAACAUGAUGAAGAUGCUCAACGAGACGAACAUCGAUUUCAUCAAGCUUAGCCGCGUGGCCAUGGUUGGCUCGCUCAUCCUGAUUACGUUGGGCCUGGUGGCCGUGUUCAGCCGCGGCAAAAACCUGCUGGACAUUGACUUCACAGGCGGUGUCUCGGUACAAGCUCGGUUCCGUGAACCGCAAGAAAUCGAAGUGGUUCGCAAAACCAUCGAGUCGGUGCCCGAGAUUCUGCCCGACACGAUCGUUUCACAGUUGGAGCUGGAAGAUGCCUCCGAAGGUGGUCACCAGUUCGUAAUCAAUACCUCACAGCAAGACGUCAACACGGUCGAAGAGACCCUCUUCGAGUUGUUCGGCAACAAGCUCACCACCAACGAAAUUACCAUCGGCGAGUUGAGCGAGAUUCCUGCUGGGGAAGCACCCGAGGGACAAGACGAGCCAACCAGUGCCAUUCUGCCUGAUGGCACCGAGGGAAUUGCCGCCCUGCUCAACCCUCGCUUCGCCACCAUGGCAUUGGGUGGUGCCCUGUUCGCACAAGAUGAAAGCUCUGAAGAGAGUUCAGAGGGAGAUGCCUCGGCUGAAGAUGAUGCUUCAACCGAGGAGCCGGCCGCAGAGGAGACAGCCCCUGCCGCGGACAGCGAUACCCCCGCAACCGAAUCCACCUCAGACGCUUCAAGCACUGCCGAAACUACCCUCGACUUGGGCGAUUUGGGAGAGGAGACUCCCGAGGCGGCCUCCAUGCAAUCGGUGGCCGAGAUCGAAGCCGAUCUCAGUGAACUGUUCCCCGGCGGAACGAAGACCUCGAUCGAACUGUCGCGUGCCCUAAGUUACGGCUCACUGGCCGAUGCUCUGGAUGCCGCGUUUGGCGAUUCGGUUAAGUACGAGAUGUUCACCCCAGAUGAUGUCGGACUCGACCAAACCAGCGAGCAGCCGUUCUCAACCUGGGUUGUGUUUCUUUCGGCACCGCCCGCAGAUGCUGGCCCGCUGUUGGCCAAGGCGGCCGAAUAUCUCGAGUCGCAGCCGUACUUCCCAUCUUCGAGCAAGAUCGGCGGACGCGUCGCCGGCGGUAUGCGAGAACAGGCGAUCAUCGCUCUGGUUGCCAGCCAGUUGUUCAUCAUCGCCUACAUUUGGAUUCGUUUCCAAAGAGUUGUCUUCGGCCUGGCUGCCGUGGUGGCGGUGAUUCACGACGUGCUAAUCACGUUGGGAAUCGUGGCCCUCUCGCUCUGGCUGGCCGGCCCCUUGAGCUUCUUGCUGAUCGAUCCGUUUAAGAUCAGCCUGGCCACGGUGGCGGCGUUCUUAACCCUGGUGGGUUACUCCCUGAACGAUACGAUCGUCGUGUUCGACCGCAUUCGUGAAGUACGUGGGAAAGACCCCAAGAUCACUCAGGACAUGGUGAACACCAGUAUCAACCAGACGUUGGGCCGCACGAUCAUGACCAGCCUCACAACCCUUGUCGUGUUGCUGAUCCUCUUCAUUCGUGGUGGAACCGGCAUUCACGCCUUCACCUUCGUCAUGAUGGUGGGUGUGUUGGUUGGUACCUACAGCUCGAUGUUCGUGGCCUCGCCCGUGCUGCUGUGGUUGGUCAAGCCCUCGGUGCGAGGUGCUCAAAGCUCUUCGGUGUCACGCGUAUCAAAGCAGCCGGUCAUCACCUUGAGCAAGCACAUGUCUCGUCGUGAUCGUGAUGCGUGCUCUGACUUCGUCGGCUUUCUGAAGCAAGUUUCCACCCGGCACCUGAUCAUCGCAGGCGACCUAUUCGACAGCCCUCGCCUGCGACGGCUUCGCGAAGGUGAUGUGGCCGUGUUGAAGGCUCUUCGCGAUCUAACCGAGCGCUGUCGAGUGACUUGGAUUCGAGGGAAUCACGAUCCCGAAGACGGUUGGGCCCAAGCCGUGCUCGGCCUCGACGUUUGCGACGAAGCGAUUCUACAUUCCGCCCAAGGUCGAUACUUGGUGACUCAUGGUGAUCGAUGGGAUCACUCGAUGGAAAUGCCAGGCCUGGUGGUUGAUGCGGCCGACAUGAUCUACCGCGGCGCUCAGCUCAUCGAUCGCUCCCACGGUCUGGCUCGAAUGCUAAAGCGACGCUCGAAACAUUUUUGCCGCGUGAUCGAACUCUUGAAACGUCGUGCACGCAUCGAAGCGCGGCGUCGCGGUAUGACGGGCAUCGUCUUGGGGCACACGCAUGUUGCCGAAGACGAACGUCGGCGAGGCGUUCACUACCUCAACAGCGGCUGUUGGACCGAACGACCAGCGACUUUUGUUGCGCUUCGUGCCGGAGUUGCAGCCACUUACAUCUGGGACGAACAACUUCGACGCUUGAAUGACGCGGAACAACAGGUCGACGCAGUGCCCGCCACCGCCCUGGCCAUGUCGUAA